AUGUUCAUCAGCAACGAAGUAGAGGAUUUAUUUGAUGAUAACUUUGAAGGAUCUAACGAAGAAAGACAGAUUUUUUCAGAGGUCUUUUCUGGUAAUGACAUUUUCCAGUCUAGUCUUAAGUGUAGUGUUCCUGGUGCUGUCAGCUUUGAACAUGAAUCUGCCAAAAAGACAUUUAAAUCAUUCUGCUCUAGUAAUGAAAACUCAGUUGCAUUGCAUCCCUUGGCGUCUAGACUUUCACACCCUGAAGAGGAGAACUUUAAUGUAAUUAAGCCUUCCAAAGAGGCUGCUACAGGAUAUGUGCCAGAGAGUUUCAUUUGUGAAGACCAGAAUGACGAGGAUGUGAAUGUCAAACGGAUGAAAUUUUCUCUGCAUGAACUUGCUUGUAGCCGAUCUGAUUCAGAAAAAAACUUGAGUUCAUCACAACUUUCAAAAGUAGCAGUUUCUAACCUGUCUUGUGCUGCUACAGGCUGUGAUAGUGAACCAAUUGCAUUUCGUUUGGUUGAAUCAUCCAAACAUGGUGUGAUAUCUAGCUGUUAUCUAUUGAACCAUAACAAGUUAAAUAAACAAGCUGUUAAGGAGGAUGUAAAUGUUACAAAUUUUAACACAACAGCAGAUGGAACUAUUGCAAAAGAAAUGUCUGUAAGUAAAGCAGCUGCUUCUCCUGUUUCACAGGAAAGCUUUGCGAGCAGGCUUGUAGUUACAAGCCCAUCAAUCACUGUUGUAAAGAAGUCCGGGUCUCCUUUAAAUCCUGAGGAAAUGCCGGAAUCUACUAAUGUGGACAUCUCAAAACAGGAAGAGGACCCUCGUACUAUACUGCAAUUUCAAAUUGUUCAGUUGCUUACGCUGGCAGGAUGGUCUAUUGAGAAGCGUCAACGGCCAAGUAGGCGUUAUCCAGAGUCAGUUUAUAGGACACCAGAGGGAAAGCCUAUUCGGGAAUUUACAAAGGCUUGGAGAAUAUGUGGUGAGCUAUUGUCUGUUGAAAAAUGCAAUUUAGUGUGCAGAGCUUGUAAGGAGUGGACUGAUAUUAGUCAAUUCUGGUCUGAUCUAUCUAGUGCACUGAUAAAUGUUGAAAAAACAAAGAUACAGUCGGAAGACCCUGCUGCUAUUUUAGCGUAUCGAUGGUGGCUUUUGGAUCCUUUUGUAGUGGUUAUAUUUGUUGAUAGAAAGAUUGGUGCCCUGAAAAAGGGAGAGGUAGUGAAAGCAACUUGGAGUUUAGUUUCUAGUAAGUAUAAGAUGGCAUGUGCUUCCAUUGAUUCAAGCUCCAGAAACUUGAAUCAGGUACCUGGAGGGUCUAAUGUAAAUGCUGUUCAUCAAGCCAAAAUUAGAAAUUACAGUGGUCUUAAAAAGCAUAGCUCAGAAAACUAUCUGGGAACAACUAAAUUUAUCGAUGGAGAUGUGCCAAUGGACAUGUCAGAAGAAAAUAAUGCAUCUGGUGUGAGCUAUGGCCUGGUUCAUUCUCAUGACUCAAGGGCUAUGCAACAGUCAGAAUGUAGUGAGGAAGAGGGUGGGAAAAUCUUAGUAGAUUCUGCAUUUGAGAAAGAUAACACAUAUUCUGCUUUCAAUGUUACUCUUAGAAAGAAAAUGCGACGAAAAUGCAAAAGGGUAUCUGAAAUUAAACUGAGUAUGUUCUACCAUGGUGACACGCCGGGCUCAACUGUUACUGACCAGGUGCAGUCACUAGAUGGUGAAGCAUGUGGUUUGGAAGAGGUCCAGAAUUAUCUAGUUGACAAUGCGGGAAAGAAAAGAAGCAGCAGAAAGUUACCAUCUAUCAGUGCAGUACAGAGAAAUAUCAGGAAAACAAACUACUCCAUAACUGGAACGGAUAGGUCAAACAGUUGCCAGAUCAAAGAUGAUGAUUUAUUGGUGUCUGCAAUAUUCAGGAAUAAGGACUUUGGGCCUAAGGCAAUCUGGGGUAAUUCUAGUGCUAAAUCCUGCAAAUCAAGGGGCCAGAGAAAGCUUAAAAGCCAGAAGGGUCGUUGCAGGUUGCUGCCAAGGAACCCCUGUAAUGGAGGGAAGUACAAUAAGGAUUGUCAUAGGUUUUAUUUGGGUGCAAGGACAAUAUUGUCCUGGUUGAUUGAUAAUGGGGUCAUAUCUUUAAAUGAUGUGAUCCAAUACCGAAAUGCUAAGGAUAACGUUGUGAUUAAGGAUGGUAGGAUCACCAAAGAUGGUAUUAUUUGUACAUGUUGUGGUAAGGUGCUUACAUUAUCAGAGUUCAAGUUGCAUGCUGGGUUUACAUUCAAUCGCCCCUGCAUGAAUAUUUUUAUGGAGUCUGGUGAGCCCUUUACAUUGUGCCUCCUUCAAGCUUGGUCAGCUGAAUACAAAGCCAGGAAAAGUCUAAAUCAAGCUGUGCAUGCUGAUGAUAAUGACAAAAAUGAUGAUUCGUGCGGGUUGUGUGGUGAAGGGGGUGAGCUGAUAUGUUGUGAUAACUGUCCAUCUACUUUUCACCUAGCUUGUUUGUCCACUCAGGAGAUCCCAGAUGGUGAUUGGUACUGUGCAAACUGCACUUGUAGGAUAUGUGGAUAUUUGGUUAUUGAUAAAGACACUUCAGAUCUGCAUGAUUCAUUACAAUGUUCACAGUGUGAACAUAAAUAUCACGAGAAAUGCCUGAAAGACAGAGAAAAACAAGGAGCAGUUUCAGACAUUUGGUUUUGUGAUCAGAGUUGUCAGGAGGUGUACUCUGGACUCCAAUCUCAGGUGGGGUUAGUUAAUCAAGCUGCUGAUGGCAUCUCAUGGACACUUCUUAGAUGCAUCCAUGAUGACCAAAAAGUUCAUUCUGCACAGUGGUUUGCCCUAAAGGCAGUAUGCAAUACGAAGUUAGCAGUUGCUCUUACUAUCAUGGAGGAGUGUUUUGUGUCAAUGCUUGAUCCAAGAACAGGCAUCCACAUGAUACCUCAAGUUUUAUACAACUGGGGGUCUGAGUUUGCUCGUCUGAAUUUUCAAGGGUUUUACACCAUGGUAUUGGAGAAACAUGAUGUGUUAAUAUCUGUAGCAUCUAUCAGGGUGCAUGGAACUACAGUAGCGGAGAUGCCUCUAAUUGCUACUUGCAGUCAGUAUCGUCGCCAGGGAAUGUGCCGUCUCCUUGUGAGUGCUAUUGAACAGAUGUUAACAUCUUUCAAGGUGGAAAGGCUUGUUGUAUCAGCCAUUCCUGAUUUGGUCGAGACAUGGACAAAGGGCUUUGGAUUCAAACCCGUUGCUGAUGUUGAAAGGCAAAGAUUGAAUAAGUUUAACUUCAUGAUCUUUCCUGGGACAGUUUUUCUUGAGAAACGGUUACAUAAGAAGAUGAAAAAUGAAGGACUGUGUGAUGAAUCAACUCAAGCAACAGAUGAAUCCGUCAAAGUAGGUAUCUGUCCUGAAGAAAUGACCAAUACUGAAUCAUUACUACAAGAUGUUGCAGACGUAACUACUACCAACCAAGUUGAAGCAAAGUCAGAACAUGAACCUGUGGAUUGUAAAAAUCAGUCGGACUAUAAAGCUAGCAGUGAUAACAAUAUGAGGGAAUUGAGAACAUGCAACAAAGUGGAAAUGGCAAGUGAUUCAGUACAACAAUCUAUUGAGAAAGUACAACAAUCUAAUGAGAAUUUUUCUGCUAUCAAAGAUGAUGCUGAACCAGGUACAAGGAUUGUUGAGGACAAGAAUAUCAAAAUAGGUGAGGGUCAGGAAAAUGUUUUGCAGGGUCAUUUUUCAAAUCUAUCCUGCAAAACAUUUUUAGGCAGCAAUUUUGACACGGAUUCCAGUAUUGAAUGCUCAGUCAUGUAUGAUGAAACAGCUUUUUUUGGAACAUUUGCAAAGUCUGCGAGCUGA